CCCGAGGUUUCCGGUGAGGGGCAGUAGCCGGUUAUGACGAUUGCCUCCUCCCGAGCAGACAGCGUCUCCUCCUCCUCGGUAGCCCCCGCGCCCCGACUCCAGGACUGUGGGAAUCCAAUCAAGGGAUACAGGAGUGGAGUGAGCCCACUGCUUUGUGCUGGAGAAAAAAGCAAGGCCCCUCACCUUCAGCGGUUGGAGAAGUGGAUCCGUCCAACCCUGCGGGGCCUUGCUCUAGAGAGGCUUUCCACCAGGCCCGGGGUGGUGCUUUCAUGCACCAGAGGCCACCCCUCCCCAGCUUGUGCAAGUGGGUUGGAGGUGGCUAUGUUAAUACUGCUUGUCUUUGGAGUGCUACUUCGUGAGGUCCCGGUGAGCAGCCCAGAGGAAGCUCCUGGGAAGCCUCUGUACGACUAUGCCAGUAUCCGCCUGCCAGAGGAGCACAUCCCCUUCUUUUUGCACAACAACAGGCAUAUUGCCACUGUCUGCCAGAAGGACUCACACUGUCCAUAUAAGAAACACUUAGAAAAGCUCGGGUACUGCUGGGGUUAUGAGAAAUCCUGCAAGCCAGAGUUCAGAUUUGGUUACCCUGUUUGCAGCUACGUGGACAUGGGAUGGACAGACACUAUUGAAUCAGCUAGAGACCUCUUCUGGAAACAAGCUGAUUUUGGAUAUGCCAGAGAGCGACUGGAGGAGAUGCACGUGCUCUGUGAGCCUAACAAGACGAGUGACUCAAGUCUGGUAUGUUCCCGUUAUCUUCAGUAUUGCAGAGCAACCAAUCUCUACCUUGAUUUAAGAAACAUCAAGAGAAAUCAUGACAGAUUUAAGGAAGAUUUUCUCCAGAGUGGUGACAUCGGAGGACACUGUAAACUUGACAUUCGUACGUUAAUGUCCGAAGGUCAGCGAAAAAGUCCUCUACAGUCUUGGUUUGCAGAGCUACAAAGCUAUACCCAGCUCAACUUCAGACCUAUAGAAGAUGUUCAGUGUGACAUUGUUAUUGAAAAACCAACAUAUUUCAUGAAAUUAGAUGCAGGUGUUAACAUGUAUCACCACUUCUGUGAUUUCAUCAAUCUGUACAUCACGCAGCACGUUAAUAAUUCGUUCAGCACAGACGUGUACGUCGUGAUGUGGGACACCAGCUCUUAUGGAUAUGGUGACCUUUUCGCUGAGACAUGGAAAGCAUUUACAGAUUACGAUGUAAUACAUUUGAAAACUUACGAUUCCAAAAGGGUAUGUUUUAAAGAAGCUGUUUUCUCAUUGCUCCCCCGCAUGCGCUACGGGCUGUUCUAUAACACUCCUCUGAUAUCUGGCUGUCAAAACACUGGAUUAUUCAGGGCAUUUUCUCAGCAUGUGCUUCACAGACUGAAUAUCACACAGGAGGGACCCGAGGAUGGAAAAAUUCGAGUCACUAUUCUUGCACGGAGCACAGAAUACCGGAAAAUACUAAACCAAAAUGAGCUUGUAAAUGCACUGAAAACAGUGUCUACCUUUGAAGUCCGGAUCGUUGAUUACAAGUAUAAACAACUUGGAUUUUUAGAUCAACUAAAGAUCACACACAACACGGACAUCUUUAUUGGGAUGCACGGAGCGGGUCUUACCCAUUUACUCUUCCUUCCAGACUGGGCUGCUGUAUUCGAACUGUACAACUGUGAGGAUGAGCGCUGCUACCUGGACUUGGCCAGGCUGAGAGGCAUCUACUACAUCACAUGGAAAAGGCAGAAUAAAGUCUUCCCUCAAGACAAGGGCCACCAUCCAACUCUGGGGGAGCACCCGAAAUUUACCAACUACUCUUUUGACGUAGAAGAAUUUAUGUACCUUGUCCUUCAGGCUGCAGACCAUGUGUUGCAACACCCGAAGUGGCCGUUUAAGAAGAAGCAUGAUGAGCUGUAAAUGUGUUGAGUCUGUCUGCAAAAUGAGAGCGCUUAAACUCCAAUACCCAGACUCAAGAUUUCUUAAGUCAGGAAAAACAAUCUAUUUCCUCACCCCUAAAUCUACUUUUCUAUACCAAAACCUGCCUUCAGGAUAUUGUUACAUGUCUUACAGUCUUUAAAUGUUUCCUGGUAAUUUUUGUGUUAUUGCUAUUUAUCAGUAGCAUAGAUAUUUUUGCACUGAAAACCUUACUUUUUAUAGAUCAAAAAUUGGGCCUGGGCUCACUGGUGUAACUGAGGUUUACCAAAGUUAUUAACUUUCUCAGCUUUAGAAUUUGUAAAUGUUCUUAUGGAAUGUCAUGUGAUUGUAAUUCCAGAGAGUUCCACCUUGUUUUUGAAAUAUUUGUGUAAAUUCACAACUAUUCUUUUUUUGCCACAGUCUGUUAAGAACAAUGUGGUAGGAAAUGAAAACAUGCACCACACACACGCGUGCACACACACACACUCAAUUGUGAGUCUCACUACCCAUCUAAGGGCCAUGUUACAGCUCAGUGUUUUGUUCACUCCAGAGUAUAUACGUCAAAACCUGAGUAAAUCAUGCUGCUGUGUUAUUUUAUAUGCACGUAUUUCCUAUUCAAAUCAUGUUUUCCCAGAACGUUACAACUACAUGUGAUAAAAACGAAUGAGAGGACUAUUUACAUACGUUCCAGCUGAUUUUUGCUGAGUCCCUCUUAGCUGUGGAGAGUAUUUAUCUUGAAUUCUGUAUAAAAGAGUGGUUUCUAGCAUACAAGUGUUUAUAACAGCAUAUACCAGUGUGUAUGCAUCUACCUCUAUCAACAUGAAAGCAUUUUAGUCUUUUAUUUUACAAACUUCAGCUUAGCCACAAUGAAGAAAUCGUUUCCAUGUAAAAGAGUAAAAUGAAAAACCAACAAAAGUUAAAGACACGUGUGAAUUAUCCAAUCGAAAUGAAAAAGUCAUGGAAAGUGCCAUUGAUUAAAAAGAAUAUCUGAAAUGUAGUCCCACUCUUUAAAUGGGAUUCCUUUCUUACUCUUUAUGAACUUUUAACCAUCAAAAACCAUGGAUUUAUUUUACUGCAAAAUGUGAACUUUACAUUUUAUUAACACUUGAGUAGUCUAAUUUAGAGACUAGUUAUUGCAACUUUUUAAAGUGGGGGGAAAUUACAGCAAAUUUAAACAGUGUUUAUUUUUUGUUUUUAUAUAUUUUAUACCUUAAAAAAAGGUGAAAAGAAUAUCCAACAGAGAAGCGAUGACCUGCAGAACAAAAUAUUUAUAUCUGGAUUGUUACAGAACAACAUUUGUUGAUCCCUGUUUUAAAGUUUUAUGAGCAGUUUUUCUAGAGUUUAAGAAUAUUUAUUAAAAUUCCUGUAAAAAAAUAUAGUAAUAACUUUGAUUUGGAUCUUAAAAUUGUGUGAAAAAGAAAUGACAACCUAUUAUGAAUUUUGAAAUGACAGGAUUGCUAUUUUCUUAGCUGAGUACCACUGGGAAGAUAUUUCACAUGAAAGGAAUUAUGAAGGUGGGUUUGCACUAUGAGUCAGUGAGGUAUGAACAGCUGAAAAAAAUCUAGAUGGAGUUUCAGCCUAUAUCUUUUAAGUUCAUUUUAAGAAGCACAUGAAGGGACCAGCAGGUGGCGUGGUGGUUAAUGUGCUGGUCUCCCACGUGGCCAACUGCAGUUUGAGUCCUGCAUCUGGGAUCUUCAAAAUCACAUGGGGUACGUGUGCAUGCGUGCCCAAAAUCCCAGGAGGAGUACGGAGGAGAAGGAACUGCAGUGUGGCCAUCCCUCUAGGGAUGAUUUCUCACUUUUCCUCUCACUGUCUCUCUGUCUCUCUCUAGUGAAUGCACAUGCCCUAUGACAAAAACCUUAUUAAAAAAAAAAACAUGAUUCUAUAGACUAGGGAGAAUUAUAGAAACUGAGCAGUUUCAUAAUAAAACUAUUGUAUUUGAAUAUUUUGCAUUUAUUUAAAGAGAAUACUUUUUAUAUACACAAGAAAGUACAUUUGAUACUUUACUUAUGAAAUUAAUUUUUAUCAAACUUUUUAAUGGUAACCAAAGGUCUUCAAAUUGUUAUAAAAUUUAAGAUGUAAGAAUUCUUUGUAUUA